AUGCCAAAGACCAAGAGGAUGAGGGAGAUGUUGAAGACCAGGGUUGAUGAUGUGACCGCAUGGGGAAAAUCCCAGAAACUGGAGAACAUCUCUUCUAGGGGCUCUCCCCACUGCAGGAGAUCGCCAUCAAUGGCUACCGCUGCAACAAACGGCCUCCCUUCUUUGGAGUUGUUGGCCUAUGCUCUGCCGCCAAGGAGACUCACCCUCGCUCCCCAUCAGUACAAGUACUGCUCAUUGGCUCUCAAAUUCUUCAAGGACAAGCUCCGGAUGCCUGAACAGAUCAAACAAGAGGGGGAUCAGUUAGAUGCCAUUUAUAUAAUACAAUCUGAGGCGGAGAAGCGUUGCACUGUGGCUCUCAACAAUUUCAAUUUUAGCAAAAACCGUUAUGAUGACUACGUAGCAUUUGAUGAAAAUAGGGUUGUUCUCAACUAUUCUGCCGCAGGAGACUACAUCAAUGCUAGCUCACAUCAUGUUCCUCUUCUUUUAUUGCAACACAAGGUCCACUUUCAGAGACCUUUGAGGAUUUUUGGGAGAUGGUAA